UUCGUUUGAGCAGGCAUUCGCGUACGCCAUUUUGUUCGAGUGUGGAAGCCGUUGUGAGAAUUAAUAUGUAACUCGACAAAAUUUUAGGUUGAUUAAUUUGUACUUCUAGGGCUGUUGUAUUGCGUAUACUGAAUACCUCACAUAGUCACCAUGGAAGAGGACGUGAGUACAGAGUACAAGGAGUCUCUACGAGAUCUGCAGUUCAACAGCAAGCCUCUAAUCAACAUGCUCACGAUGCUGGCAGAAGAAAACAUCGAGCAGGCGCCCAGGAUCGUCAGAACCAUAGAGGAGCACUUGCAGAAGGUACCCAUAGAAAUGAAGCUCCCAGUGCUAUACCUAAUAGAUUCCAUAAUGAAGAAUGUGGGGGGUGCCUACUGCGCCUUAUUCACGCAGAACGUCGUAUCCAACUUUUGCAACGUAUUCGAAAAGGGGGACGAGAAAACGAGACUUCAACUGUUCAAGCUCCGGCAGACAUGGACGGAGCUGUUCCCUAACAAGAAGCUGUAUGGCCUGGACCAACGGGUGAAGAGCAUGGACCCGGCCUGGCCCAUCCUGGCCAAGCCGCCACAGCAGCAACCAGCCAUCCAUAUUAAUCCCAAGUUCCUGGAAUCCAAGGCGCCCAUGGAGCAAAAUGCUGUGGAUUCCCCUAAGCUUCCUAGCGUAAAUUUGCUGCUGCCGAGGGCCUCCAGUGAGGCGCCUCCGAAGGCCGCUGCACCGAACGAGGGUGAACAGAUCCAGAGGCUGCUGCUGCAGAAACAACAGGAGUUCUUUGCUCUGAAGCAGCAGAAGAUGCAGCUGGAGAUGCACCUCCAGCAGCAGCAGCAGAUGAAGCAGAAGCAGGAGGCUGAGGAGCAGCGCAGAAUAUGCCUACAACUGCUCAAGUCCCUGCAGCAGCAGCAGAAGACUUCGGCAACGCCUGCGGAACCUGGUAUGGGGGCCCCGACCGCACGACUUCAGCACCCUCAGCCGGCCAUGAGAGAUCCCCGCCUGCAGCGAGCCACAGUGACUACAGACUCCUUGCCACCCAACCAGUGUCCAACGCCCAACUCCUCGUCCACAGAGCCCGAAGCCCCGGCAGAAAGCAAGAACAAAAUGACAAACAACUCCACCGCCUCUUCCCCGAACAAAAAGUUUCGCAUUCCGAAGGUGUCCGAAAAGAGCAAGAAGGGGUCGGAGAACGACCCGCUCAAGUCUUCCAAGACCUCGCCCAACAAGUCGCGCAAGUCGGACGACCGAGACGACAGGCACAGGUCGUCGUCUUCGUCGGGCAAGUCCUCCAUCUCGUCGUCUUCCCCGGGGAGGAACAAGAAGCGGAGGGGAAAGGGCGGAAGAUCCGCGGAAGCGCCCGAGAAGGAGCCGAUGGGAGAUGUGGACAUGCGGGUACUGCUGUCGAGGGAGGACCACGGGGGUGGGGUGCGCGAGGAACCUCCGCAAAAGAAGGUCAAGGGGAGCGACAGCAUCAGCAGCAACAACAACAAUCCCCUGGGCGAUUUUGACUACAGGAGGCCAGAAAAUUCUGCCAGAGGCUGGGCACAGUACAAGGCAGCUCACCCGGACGAGUUCAAGAGCCCGCUGCGUCCGGCCAGGGAAAAUAUGGAUGGUAGGGAACAACACUUCCGACCCCCUCCCGGCUGUGCGCCUCACAAUGGUGGCUUCAGAGGCGGUAUGCAGCCGACGGUGGACCGUUUUGGUCGUCCCCUGUUUCGCAGGCUCAUGUCAGACCCAAGGUUCCGCAGUCACGUCAUAGGACGUGGGGAGCGGCAUCAGUUGGAACAAAUGCUGGCCAACCCGGAGGCCUUCCUGGAGCAGACGGAAGAGCAGCUGCGCUUGGGACGCCUUGACCCAGAGCAGCACCGUCGUAUCAUGGCAGACCUGGAGAAACUGUCACAGUUCCGACGCUCGAUGCCUCGCAAUAUGAGGGGUGACUGGAGCGGGGGGCCUUUGGGGAACUUUGCGUCUGAUAGCAGGAAUGCGCCCUGGAACUCACCCUACCCAGUUUUGGGCAUUCAGGAAGGCGCCCCAGACCUUCCUCCGCCCCCCGAACCACCCGGGAGGAGAAUUGCUCAGCCAGACGUCGCCGCGAUGGACGUGGACCUGAGGAAGCUUCCGGGCAGUCCGUUUUCGGAAAGUGGACAGGUGGGAAGUCCGGACAGACGACCUCCUCCGCAGGAAAUGAGCGGUUGGGUAAGAUACGGCAGUGCAGGCGAGGAGAGACCAGCCAACUGGUCCGUGGCACAGCAGCAGCAGCAGCAGCAGCCUCAGGUACCUCAGGAUGCUGGCAUGCAUCCCAGGUGGCCACCUAACGAGUGGAACAGCUUUGGAAACGGUCGUGGAAUACGAGGAGGCGGGAUGGGCAGUCGGCCAAAUUUUGGCAAGGAGUACCCGCCUUACUUCAGAGAAGACUUUCCACACAGGCAGCAAAUGGGUGGAGAGGUCAUGCGACCCAACUUCCCCGCUCGUCCACAGCUAGAUGGCGUACCACCAAUCGUACCUCCUCCCAUGCCCCCGCGUAUGCUGGGUCCCCCACUGGGCCCCCCGCCAAUGCAGAGGGGCCCGCCUCCCAUGGUGGUGGGAGCCCAACAGUUUGCCCAGCCGCCGGCUGAAUUGCCUCCAAGUAAUGCUCCACCCAUGAGCGGGGCUCCCGCCGGACUGGAGGUGAACGUAGACGACCUGUUUGCCAAGCUAGUGGCCGUAGGCAUUCUGAAAGCCAACCCCAAGAAAGAGGACAGUCCAGCUCCGCAAGAAUCCGCCAUGAAGAAAGAACUGGAGAAGAUACCUCCCCUCAGCUUCCAGAAAGUUGACAUGCUCAAAAUCAAACACCCUGGUGUGAUCAGCGCCUUACACGUUGGAACACAGUGCGCCUCCUGCGGACUACGCUUUACGGACGAGAAGUCCGAGAAGUACAGCCAGCACCUGGACUGGCACUUCCGCACCAACCGCAGGGACAAGGACGGAGCUCGGAAGGCCUUCUCGCGGAAGUGGUUCUACGAAGUUGAGGACUGGAUUCAGUUUGAGGAAAUCGAAGACCUCGAGGAAAGGGCGCGGAGCUUCUUCGAGCAACAAGCCAGCGUGGAGCAGGACCAGAACAGCAACUCUCCCGUUGAGAUCAAGAGCGUUCAGGCUACAGGGGAUGAGACGAGCUGUGCCGUGUGCGAGGAGGCGUUUCAACUCUUCUGGGUCGAGGAAGAAGAAGAGUGGCACUUCCGCGACGCCGUGCGCGUCGACGAGAAGAUCUACCACCCGGCCUGCUACGAAGACUUCAAAAGGGCCUUGGAAGCACCGCCCAGUCCACCGCCUUCUCCUCCUCCUCCUCCUCCUGCGGAAGAAGUGGUAAAGGAAGAGAAGAAGGAGGAGGAAGAAAAAGAAGAAGAAGAAGAAGAAAAGCCCAUGGAUGUCGUGGAAGGCGGCACCCUCAUAAAAGAAGAACCACCUGACACCGCCGAGCCAGACGAGGUGCCCGCGCCGGAAUCGGCGGCGACUGAUCCGACGGAUCCGGAAACGGUUUGUGAUGAGCCGUUGGCAAUAAAAACGGAAAAAGUUGGAGACGAGAUGCCGGACGAUCCGGUGGUGAUAAUAGAUAACCUUGGGGAAUUUGGGGUUAGCGAAGGCGAAGGACAGGAUGAAAUGCCUGUAGACGAAGCUCCGUCGGAGCCUAAAGUGGUCGUUAAAGGGUCAGGCGGCAUUGUGCUCAAGGUGAAGGCAGAAAGCAUCCAGGCUCCCGUAUCUCCAGCAGCUCCGUCUCCGGCUCCUCCGAUGGAGGAAGAAGCCCAACCCAAGGAGGAAGUAGAACAAGAGGAGGAAGAAUUCAGGCCACCCACGCCUGACCCCAGGUUCACUGUGUUGCCCCCCGUGCAGCGCGGUAAUGAGCUUUCGGGGCUUUGUUCUAUCAUGUGAUUGCUGUUGAGGGGGGGUAUUCGUUAUAAAAGUCUGUAAGGUAAGUCCCUGGUCCAGGGGCCCGAGAACUGUACCGGAGCAGGGGCUGUCUAACGGCAGGGUCCUUCUGCACGCAGUGUACAUACGUGACUGUCCAUCGUGUAAAUACUGUAAAUACCCAUCGAGAGAAUUUUAUUUUUAUGUACAGAUGUGUACAAUAAAAUUUUUUUCAUAUACGAUA